AUGCAGCAUUUUGCAUGGCCUUUGAUGGCUGCGGCUGCUUUGCAGCCAGAGAGGUUGCCGGGUCAGCACUCCUAUUUCCCACUGGACAUUUUGUGGCCGCAAAACAGGUGGCAGAUGUUUUCGCAAAUCUUGCCAUUCACACCUGUUGAUUUAGAUCAGAUUCUUCUUGACGUGCUCACCUUGGCUGCUGUUCCUCCCUAUCCUUGGGGGCAGUUGAUCUACCACGAAGUUCUUCAGCAAAGAUUGAAGUCAGGACUGAAGGGACACUUCGCUGAGUUCGGGGUGGGACUGGGGGGCAGCAGCCUCUUCUUUGGGCACAUGGCCGCCCAAUGGGGUCGCAGGAUGCUGGCGGUGGAUUCCUUCCAAGGACUACCAGACUCUGAUCCCGCGCAUGACGAGCCCUACUUUGCGGAAGGCGACUUUGGGUCAGAAGGCUCCAAUGCCCAGCGAUUUCAGCAGCUCCUGGAGAACUUCGGGUUGAACAGCACCAUUGACCUCAUAAGCACGUCCUUUGCCGAAACCGUGGUGCCUCGCGAGUUCCAAGAGUUGGCCUUCGUUCACAUCGAUGGAGAUCUGUAUCACUCAGUCUUGGAUGCCUUGGAGAAAACAUGGGAUUUGGUACAGCCUGGUGGCAUUGUCGUGAUCGAUGACUUCUUCCACAAAGUUCAAGGGCCUGCACGUGCAACCGCGGACUUCUUCCGGUCCAGGGCUCUAGCUCCGCUGUUCCACGUGGUCCCUGCCUACGCAGUGCUGGUGGUGAAGGGUGAUGCGAACUGCGCGGCUCCCAGGGCCCUAGAUGGGAACUUCUAUUCCUUCGAAUUGGCUCGUGACUUUGAGCCCUUCGUCCAAGCUGUGGAGCGGUCGCUCCUGCGGAGCCCCGAGGGACGAGCGCGUGACAAUGCAGCAGCCUUUUGGGACUUUCUGAGAUACCCCAGUGAUGCAGUUGCCAGCGGGGCGGACAUCUUCAGAUAUUUGGCGCCAUUGGAAGACAUGCUGGAUUUGACCGACGGCAUUGGACCCUGUGCAGCUCCAAGGAAGGGAAGAGUGGUUUCCAUCCCGACUGAGAAGCGAGUAGAGCAUGUCUUUACCAACUGCCAGCCUUUGGAGAGAGACAGCUGCACUGAGCAGGAGCGAGAAUUCAUUGACGCCGCUGAUCUGCAAAGGGAGUCGCAGGUCGAGCUAGAGCUCCUUCGCAUGUCCCAGCUACUGGACAUGUCGCAGUCCACCACUGAGCCGCGCAAUGCGGAACUCUUGGAUCGAAUGGUAAUCCUGAAGCGCCUGAAGCGAGAAAACUCGUGGCGCUUCGGACGUACCUCCUCCAAACAACGAUCCGCCACACCGCGUCGCCAGCUUCGUCAUGCCAAGCGUGGCUGCAGUGCAGCUACACUUGGGGGAAGAUGGACCGAUCCGUUGGUUGUUUCAGGAUGUGUCGACUUGGAACAUGGCAAAGGAGGCAGCGACCUAUUUCCAAGGCCGACAUAUCGCCUGGAUUCUCAGCGGUUGGAUACAAAGAGAUUCGAGAAUGGCGGCAAUUCACAGUCUUGA